CUGCGCACUUUCUGCUUUUCACAGCAUUUUGCAUGAAAGUGGCAAUCUGUGAGGAUUACCCAUCUCUGAGGGCUUAAAAAAAAGGAUACUGUAGCUUGGGUGCUAAUUUUGACUCAAAGCAGAACUGAAGACAUGGGCUCCGUUUCUAACCAGGAAUUCCCAGGAGUAUGUAAGACCGAGGAGGAUGAAGGACCGAGUACCGAGGAGGAUUCAAAGUCUUUCCACGGGGUCGGCGUGUGUAAAUGGUUCAACGUCCGCAUGGGCUUCGGGUUCCUGUCCAUGACCAACCGGGAGGGAGUGCCACUGGGCGAACCGCUUGACGUAUUUGUCCAUCAGAGCAAGUUGCACAUGGAAGGCUUCCGCAGCUUGAAGGAAGGCGAAGCAGUCGAGUUUACCUUCAAGAAGUCAUCAAAGGGCCUGGAGUCGCAGCGAGUUACCGGACCAGGUGGCAUCCACUGUGUGGGCAGUGAAAGGAGACCCAAAGGAAAGAAGGUCCAGAAGCGACGUUCAAAGGGAGAUAGGUGCUACAACUGCGGAGGCCUGGACCACCACGCCAAAGAGUGCAAGUUACCACCCCAGCCCAAGAAGUGCCAUUUCUGCCAGAGCAUCGACCACAUGGUUGCCAACUGCCCAAUCAAAGCACAACAGUCCUCACCGGGUUCUCAGGGAAAACCGUCCCCCUCGAAAGGAGUCGAGGAGGAGCACAGCCACUUGGCACCGCCUCCCGAGACCUCUGAUUAAACGAGAAAUUGGGCAACAUUGACACCGGGGAAGCACAGAGGCCAAUCAAACUGCUUUGAUGGAGAGAUGGGACACACAAUCCCCUUCCACCUUUUGAAGCUGCUUUAGGAACUACCUCAGGUUAAAAACAAAUAGCUUAUGAAGAAUGUUGCUGAAGUUUUUUUUUUCCCCCCCAUUUUCAUUCAGUGUAACACUCAGGAAUACUGCUUUAUUAUUGCACUCAGGACGCUUUCUAAAUGUUUGAAUCACUGCUGUUCUUUGAGGGGUUUGAGUUUUUAGUGAGCAAUGCCAUAUAACGGAUUAUCUUGAUGAUUUUUUUAGAAUCUGUAUUUUCUUUUAUGUGAUACUGUGCCUCUCCGGUGGGCAUUAUACUACUUUUGUUUUUGCGUAAUACUCAGUUAGUGUGUGCAGUAUAGACCUACACUUUUACUGCCUUACCAUAUAGUCUCCUUCCUGAAUGUUACACCUCACUAUCCGACAAGGCAGAGACGUGACGGUUGGUACCUCUGUAAUGAAUGUUAGUUUGCAUAUCGCAUGGGGAAUGGGAGGGUUCGUGAAAACACAUGGGAUGGGUUUUAGGGUAUAGCUAUAGGCAAUGUAUUGGCAUCUGCCAAUAUUGCUAUUGACCAUCCAGUAAUCCUGGGGCCAAAUGAAUGUCAGACCAGAAGUGGUUUCCAGCUUUUGGUGAGAGUUAUUUUUUUGUCAUUUCAUUAUUUUCAUCCAGCGUUUUGCUGGCUGUCUAAAGGUGCACGGUCUUCCUCACUGGUGCAUGUUUGGUCUGCUACUAAAACUGUAAUUCUAACUGCUGAUGGUAAACCAAAUAUUCUCAGAAUACAGUUUUGGAGAUUGUGAUGUGAAUUGGGAUUAUAUCGAAUUUUUUUGUAUGACAGUAUUUACACAGCAUUGCCAUUAGUUGUAAUAUACUUCCUUAAAGAGUAACUUAACGCUUGCUGAAAAUCUUGUAUUUACUGACCUCCAGUGGUUGAACUUCUCACUUGGCUGCAGUAAUGUACAGGUGCACUCCAGGACCUUGUGGCAUCACUGUUGGGUUUGCUUACAGGUGCAAAAAAGCGCACUUCUGACCACACCCGAGACAGUCUCCCACCCUGUCAGACAGUCUCUCAUGGGAGGUGGUGUGGAGUUAGAAAGAUAUGACGUUAUCAGACCUCUGCAGCCUGCUCCUCAUCUCUGCUUGAGGCUAGUGGCUCGAGGCUACAUUAGCCACUACUAGCAUAACACACCCAAAUCUGCGACUUAACUGUUGGCGGUUGAGUUGCAUUGUGGUUAAAGUAGGCGCCAAGGUUUGAACAAGGAAGAGGAGUGCGUGGAAUAAAAAAAGAUCUGUCUUUGUGAGUCCGACAACGUUAUAGGAAGGCAAUGUUAAAUCGGCAGAGUAGUCUUUUAAGAGAGAAGUUCAAACGCUGCCCACUUUAUAAACAAAACACUGCUUUUCAGCCUGGUGUUAAGUUACUCUUUAACCUUUCUUGGAGCUGGAAGCAUGAUCUUAGCCAACUUUCCAUCUACAGUAUAUUCUCAUUUUAUUGGCUGCUGCGUGAAAUGCUGCUGCUUUAUAAUGACCUCAACUUGGAUUUGAUAGAAUUCCAACCAAUGUGAUACUAAAGCCAAUACAUGUACAUCAUCACUUCUAAUAAGAUACUUGAACUGGACUAAGUUACUGAGGGGUCCAGCUUGCUCUCCUCUUGAUACUUGAAUAAAAUGAGGCAGAAUCAGACAUGAUGUUGCCAGUGGGAAGGCUGGUGUUUUUGUUUAUAUCCAGUGUGAUUCAUUUCUAGGUAGUUAUUUAAGGCAUUACCUCUCUAUAACCCUUAGUAGGGUAUCAGGAACAACAAGCCUGCAUGGGGGAGCAUGUAGAACUAGCUAGCUAAUCAGCGUUUUACUCCCGUUUUACAGGAGAAGCUGACAAGACUUUUACACCCAAUUAAUAUAUAUGUAAGAUUAUUCUAAAGCCUUUUAAAAAAUCAUACUACUUAUUUAUUUUCAUCCAAGAGUGCUGCCGCUUCUCCUUCUGCUCCUGUUGAAGCCUCUCAGCAAUGAAUGUUCUAGUAGACAUCAAAAAAACUACCAAAUGUCAUUCAAAGCUACAUCUGACUUGAGAAGAUAUUUGGGUAGCACAUUUUUAACAUCAAGGUACUUGUAUGACUUUGAACAUAUACGUGCUUGAUAAAUCAGUCAAUGUCCUUACCAAUAAUUCAGUGCAGUAUGAAUACAGUGUAACAGUAAUAUAUUGCAACACAAGAGUAACAAUAUACAGUACAUACUGUACAGGUACAUAGUAUUAUGAGGACUGACGUAAACUGUAAGUUUGUUUUAUUUUCUUUGCCUUGUAUGAUUUUAUUUUAAAUUCUUUAUUUUUGUGCGCAAUGAACCUUUCAGAAGACAGUCACAUUGUUAUUCCUAUCUAUCUAUGCCAAAACCAAUGCAAUGUUACUCUGCACUAAUCAUGUGUAAAAUGCAUUAAUAUAAUUUUAUAUUCAGUUUAAUCUGUUUUGAAUGUGUUACAUAUUCUAUAUUAUAUUUUUUAGAUUUUCAUAUACCACAUACAGUCGGUUGCUGGUUGGAAAAAAAAUACCUGCACUCUUAGGCUCAUCUCAGGAAUUACCAAUCUGAAAACUCAGGGAAUACUUCAGAUUGAUUGGAAGGAGUCAAGAAGUGUUUAUUCAAGACAAAGUGGGGACUGAAUGUUCAUCCGCAUGAUGUGAAGCAUAGGACAAGAAAGCUAAAGUAAAAUGAGUUUGGGAAUGUAUAAUGUUUCUCUCAAGAGAAAUACUAAGCUUGUGGCCAAAAAAGCAAUGAUUACAAAUGACGUGAAACUGAGAUUUACAAGCUUUUUGACUCUUUGUCAACUGUCCAUGCACCCAGUGUGAUGAUGUUCUUUGUAUUUCUCCUCUUUGACAUCAUUUGCCAUGAUAGGAAGAAAAUGUUCCACUAUUAUUGUAUUUUUUCCUCUAUAAUUGUUGUAGAUGGAGAUGUAGUAGAAUAUUGUUAAAAGGAUUGGGGCUAGUAGUAUAUAAUCCGGGGUUGUCUCAUCUCAACACAUGGCCGAUACUUGGUGUUUCAGACUAUCAAUGCUUAUGACAAAAAGAAUGUGUCAUGGAUGACUUAAUACUCAAAUACUGUUUCAUACUCUGUGGUUAGGUUGUGUUUAUAUACGUUUUCCAAGUUUAAAGGUUGCAGAUACAAACAUUGUUUUGAUAAUUCCACUCAGGAUAUGAAAGGAUGAAAAGAUUGUUAAAGUGCUCUGAUUAGAUAGAAUGGUUUGCUUUUCUGCGUAUUUUUAUUUUGAAUUGACCACUUAUGAUUGCAGUGCCAGUGUAUCCUCUAACUUGAACCACUUUCCUUUCUCUCCAUUUAAAAAGGGACACACAUGGAUGACUUUUCUUAUCAAUCUCUGUGAUUAACUUUCUUGAAAAUCCCUGAAACCACUGACUAACUUGUGUGUCAAACUCUUAACUGGAUUCUGACACCCACUGUUUAGAUAAAAGGUUGAAUAACAGUUAAAAAGUGUUGUAUUGUAAUGCUUGCAAUAUUCUGCUGUACUUUAUAAUGUUUUCAAAGUAUCAUUUGUAAACUAAAUUCCAAAGACAGUCUGAUUGCAACAAACCUGUUUAAACCCCCCAGUGGUGUGUUAUUGUGAUAUGAUUGUCGGGUGUUAGGUGGGUUAGAUAUACCUUGAAAAACCAGGGACCUGUAAGACUAUGUGCUCAGGGUAACAUUUGAAGCACAUCAAAGCAUUCUGUAUCACUGUUUGCUUCAUGUGUGCUUUUCAUGGUACAUCUUGUUUGCGACCAUCAGCCAUUUAAUUUGUGGUGUCGUAUCUUCUCAGAUAAAUGGCUCGAGCUACUUCCAAAAAAAAUGUGCAUUUAUUAUGGAUGAAUGUAUCAAUGUUACUGCCAUAAGACUACAACUAUCUUGAUCUAUCUUAUCUUGAUUUAAUGGCUAGUUUGUCAAUGAUGAGCAGCAUGUAGGCUUUUCAAAGUAUUACUGUGAUAAUGUUUCUAUAUGUAAAGAUCUGCUCCAUUUCCUAGUAAAUAUGUUGAUAUUCA